CUGCACAGAUGCUCCCAAAAUCGUCAUCGGAGCUCCUCAGUGGGUAGAGAGAGAAACCCACUUGCAGAGAGAGAAACUUAACUGAAAUUUUUGUUAACGACAGACUCACAAAACUUCGUGACCUUGCCAAAACCAUAAAGGGGAGACCUUCAAAUAUGAGCUCCACGAAGCUGGGUUCAGUUUCAAGACUCUAGCUUUGGCGAUUCUCUUGGAUAUAUGUUUUCUGCGGCAGGUUUUUUAUUGCGUCUGUUGGGUUUACUGCCAGGGAAACAUGCUGAUUUUGGGGUAGAUAGAAGAUUAUUUGAUUACUUUCAGGCUCAUCGGUAAAAGAAAAGGAAGGCAUAUUCAGGGGAAGCGGGGUUCAUUGGAAUUAAAAACGCAGUAUUUCUUGUGUAGUUAACAAUUGAAAUGAGGAAUUCGGGUAUAGUUUAAGGUUGCAGCAUGAGUUACAGCGACAGGAACAGAGGAGCAAAAGAGAGGGAAUGUGAAGAGUCGGUCUUGCAGGAUUCUGGGGAAUUAGAGUCCAAAUCGGUUCAGCAGAAUGGAUCGAUAACGACCCCACAGCUAACAAUCGAUGAGAAUCUUCUGGUUGACCCUAAACAAAUCUUCAUUGGAUCAAAAAUCGGCGAAGGAGCUCAUGGGAAAGUUUAUGAAGGAAGGUAUGGAGAUCAAAUUGUUGCAAUCAAGGUUCUGCAUCGUGGGAGCACUUCAGAUGAAAGAGCAGCCCUUGAAAACCGUUUUGUUAGGGAGGUUAAUAUGAUGUCCCGUGUCCAUCAUGAGAAUCUGGUUAAGUUUAUUGGAGCCUGCAAGGAUCCUCUGAUGGUUAUAGUCACAGAGUUGUUACCGGGGAUGUCGCUGAGGAAGUAUUUGACUAGUAUACGCCCUGGACUAUUAGACUGUCAGGUGGCUAUAAACUUUGCCCUUGAUGUUGCUCGGGCCAUGGAUUGCCUACAUGCUAAUGGGAUCAUACAUAGAGAUUUGAAACCCGACAAUUUGUUGCUUACGGCAAAUCAGAAGUCUGUAAAACUUGCAGAUUUUGGUCUUGCAAGAGAAGAAUCUGUCACUGAAAUGAUGACUGCAGAAACUGGAACUUACCGUUGGAUGGCACCAGAGCUGUACAGUACUGUGACAUUACGUCAGGGAGAAAAAAAGCACUACAACAACAAGGUUGAUGUUUACAGCUUUGGAAUUGUAUUGUGGGAACUUUUAACGAAUCGCAUGCCUUUUGAAGGGAUGUCUAAUUUACAAGCUGCUUACGCUGCUGCUUUUAAGCAUGAGAGGCCUAGCCUGCCAGAAGAUAUACCUCCUGAUCUCGCCUUUAUCAUACAAUCAUGCUGGGUUGAGGAUCCAAACUUGAGACCGAGCUUUAGUCAGAUCAUCCGCAUGCUUAACGCCUUUCUCUUCACUUUGUCACCUGCACCACCCUCCCCUUGUUCGCAGGAACCUGAAAAUGUUGAUCCUGAGGGCGCAGCAACUACAAGCAAUGGCGCCAUAACUGAGUUUUCUGCCCGAAACAGAGGGAAGUUUGGAUUUCUUCGCCAUUUGUUCACUUCCAAAAGGACCAAAAACUAACAGUGAGUAUUAGAUUUUUGGACAGCCCCUUUUUGUUGUAGAUGAGAAUGAGUUUGCCGUGAUAAAGUACAUAAUUAUAAUCCAUUUACGAGUAAUCGUGGGUGGAUUGAAGGCAACAAGUAGAUGAAAUGAUGAAACAAGUUCCACAAAAGAAUAGAAUGAUGUUAAUAUACUCUUUUUUCUCCCUUUUUUUGGAAAGAGUAAGGAAAAGGUAGGACUGUUGAAAUCAUCUAGUUGUUUUUAAUGUAAAGGAACACAUUGGUUUAGACACCUUUCUGAUGAUCUGAUCUAAAAUAUCCUACUGAUUACUAUGUCGUCA